AUGGAGUACUACUCGUCACUUGAUGCUUCUCAGCUUGACUCCGAGACUCCAACUCUUUUUGAACUCAUCUCUGCCAAUCAGCUUGAGUCGCUUCUAUCGCCAUCUCUUAGAUAUGUCUUGGUACACUAUGCUCAGAGAUAUCCCCAGUAUUUGCUACGGGUGACCAACAAAUUCGAUGAAAUCAACUUAUUUUUGCGGACAUUUAUCGAAUGGUAUUUCUUUAAGUACUGGCAAGGCAGUUUUACCGAGAACUUCUAUGGACUCAAGAGAGUCAGCCAAACUCCACUUUCCGAUUCCAAAUACAACCUGAGUAAGUUGACGCAGCUCGUUCCGUCUAUGAUCGAAGAGAGAAGAAAACUCUCUUCAUUGCAGACCUUUGUGUCCAUUUUUGAAAUUACUGGCGUGUCAUACUUGCUGGAAAAGUUCACGUAUCAGUAUGAAUUGUUAUUCUCAAAGUAUAUUACCAACCAGCUUGACGAGAAGGUGAUUGAAAAUCCACGCGAGAGAAAGAAAGUGUGGUUGCAGCGAAAAUAUGUGGAGUUGUUUCCUUACUUCCAAUCUGUAUGGAGAUGGUCAAAUAUCGUCACCACUCUUAUGUACUUGAGUGGGACUAGUAAGUCGCCGUCCUUACUUACGUUCUUGUUUAAGAUCAACUACUCGCGGCUCAAUCAGUACGACUAUUCGAAAAACGAGCCUCCUUUGAAGAGGAUUAGAAACGAUUUGCCUAACAGAGUGUCUCCACCUUCCAAUGUUGAAAAGCUUGUAAGAUUUUUGACCAGAUAUUUUACCAAACCCACUUGGAGCUCGAUCCGUUUUAUUCUCGGGACAUCAUUUCCAUUGGCUAUUUUCACUUUGAAAUUCUUGGAAUGGUGGAAUAACUCGGACUUCGCAAAGACAGUGGCCAAGUCCCAAGCCGAUGCGUUGAACUCCAUAAUCCCUCCGCCAUCCAAGCUUACUGGUUUAAAAAGAGUGGAGAAGAAGCCAAAGAAGAUCUACAAAUCGGGUUCCACAUGUCCUUUGUGCAAGGAAGAGAUCCUGAACCCUGCGAUCAUUGAGACGGGGUACGUUUUUUGUUACACAUGCAUCUAUAACUAUCUUCGUGAUUCGCAUAAGUUGGUCAAAGCAUCCAAGAAAGAAGAGAGUAGCGAUGAAGAUGUGACGGACGAAGAGAGUGAAGACGAUGUGGAAGAGGAGAAAAAGGAGAAAGUCUCCAAGACGGAAAAGCCUGAGUCUGGCUCUUCUUACGACAUCUCCAAAGGUGGAAGGUGUCCAAUCACAGGUAGGAAACUUCUUGGGUGCAAAUGGAAUUCAAUCACCCAAGAAUUUGAUGUCGAAGGAGUACGGAGACUUAUAUUUUAA